CAUUUUAUAAAUUGAUACCAAUUGAGAAACAAGUGUCGAGUUUUUAAUUUCGAUUGAUUUUUAAAAAUAAUUCAUUAAAUUUUUAUAUUUUAUUUUAUUUAAUUCAUUAUAAACUUCAAAAAUGUUGAGAUAUAUCAUCGCUAUAAUACUGGUUGGUAUGACAUUAGUGCCAAAUAUGAUGUCAGUGCCGACGCAAAGUCCAGUUAGCAAUGAUUUGUAUGAAUUGUUUUCCCAACCGAUUGAAUCCAACACUACAUUAUCAUCAUUGGUGUCAACUAUGGCUACACUCAUAGAGACGAACCAAUUGAGUUUAAACACUGAUUUUUACCCAACACUUCACUCGGCACUUAUGGCACCGUUUACUUUAUUGGGUCGUCUUUUACAAGAUUUUCUAAACUUUUAUGAAAACAAGUCGUUUACACAACUGUUAACCAUUGAAUCGCUUCGGUCGACAAUAGUAUCGGCGCCACAACAACUCAUCGCUUACUGGAAAAGACUGAUAGACAUGGAGUUAGAGUGUAUUCACCGAACCAUUUGUGAUCUCUCGGCCUAUCUGUUCCCUCUUUUGCCGCAAUGGGUUAACCAAUUGUCAGGCGUCUACUUCGGGACAUUCAGCGCUGAAAACUCCUAUUACAGAGCCGUUACCAAUGGUAUGCUUAACAGGAAUUGCGUCCACUAUUAUGCCAACUGUUCACUAUUAGCUUAAUAUAAUAAUAAUAAUAAUAUAAUUGAAUAUAUUUAAUAUUUAAUAUAUAAUUUUGCAUAUUUUGUAAAAUAUAUUCAUUUCAAAUAAAAUGAUUCAUUUUUGUUUUUAACUAU